AUGGCAAAGCGAAGGAGGCGACGCCGGUGGGUCUGGGCCAAGCGGGAGAUGGCUCGUGCCACGGGCUUCUUCAGUGAGGACGAGAUGAAGCAGCGAGACCCACAGCUCUUCCACCACCUUGUUGGACAGUACCAAGACAGCACAGUCAAGCUGUCAGACCCCAUGCAGGGCAGCCUGAGCAACUACCUCCUGCAGCAGCUUGAGCGCCAAUGUGAGGCCGAGCAGCUUCGCGGCGAGGGUGCUGAAGCAGCCGGAGCCGCCUGCUCUCCAGCAGCAAAGAGGCAGCGAACGGCUGAGGAGGCUCUGCCGGGCGAGAUGGAGUUCUCCAAUGAGGAUUAUUAUGACGUGAGUGGCGACGAGGGAGGUGCCGGAUCAGAUGAUGCCGCAGUCAGGCGGGCCAGAUUCCUGAAAGCCAUGCGAGAUCGGUUUGUGGACGGCAUGGAGAGGAACUUCAAUUAUGCCGUGCUGGAUGAGGAUUCGGACUUGGAUGACGUAGUGGAGCUUGGGAGAGAUGCGGAGGAGAAGUACUUCGACGCUGAGUGA